UGAUAAGGUAGUCAGUCAAAGGGAAACAUUACCUUUGCUCUCUUACUGCAGUCAAAGCAUUCUUAGCUUUUAGGUGGAUCCUAGUGGCUACUGUGGUGAAAGAUAUUUUCAAGAGCAUAGAAUCAAUCAUUCUUUUUAUUAAGAGAAGAUGUUGUUUAAUUUGAGGAUCCUGAUGAACAAUGCAGCUCUUAGAAAUGCUCACCAUAUCAUGGUUCGAAACUUUCGGUGUGGACAGCCACUGCAGAAAAAAAUACAGCUAAAGGGUCGUGACCUUCUUACUCUAAAGGACUUUACAGGAGAAGAAAUUAAGUAUAUGCUAUGGUUAUCAGCAGAUCUGAAACACAGGAUAAAACAGAAAGGAGAGUAUUUGCCUUUAUUGCAAGGGAAGGCUUUAGGCAUGAUUUUUGAGAAAAGAAGUACACGAACAAGAUUGUCCACAGAAACAGGUUUUGCACUUCUGGGAGGACAUCCUUGUUUCCUUACCACGCAAGAUAUUCAUUUGGGUGUAAAUGAGAGUCUCAGAGACACAUCCCGUGUAUUAUCUAGCAUGACAGAUGCCGUGUUGGCUCGAGUUUAUAAACAAUCAGAUCUGGACACCCUGGCUAAAGAAGCAUCUAUCCCGAUAGUCAAUGGGCUAUCAGAUUUGUACCAUCCGAUCCAGAUCCUGGCUGAUUAUCUCACACUCCAGGAACAUUAUGGCUCUCUUAAAGGCCUGACCCUAAGCUGGAUUGGAGAUGGAAACAACAUCCUGCACUCAAUUAUGAUGAGUGCAGCAAAGUUUGGAAUGCACCUUCAGGCGGCUACUCCAAAGGGUUAUGAGCCAGAUCCUAGUAUAACCAAAUUGGCAGAGCAGUAUGCUAAAGAGAAUGGUACCAAGAUAAUGCUGACGAAUAACCCUUUGGAAGCAGCCCGUGGAGGCAAUGUAUUAAUUACUGACACCUGGAUAAGCAUGGGACAAGAAGAGGAGAAGAAAAAAAGGCUCCAGGCUUUCCAAGGUUACCAGAUUACAAUGAAGACCGCUAAAGAAGCUGCCUCUGACUGGACAUUUUUACAUUGCCUACCCAGAAAGCCAGAAGAAGUAGAUGAUGAAGUGUUUUAUUGUCCACGAUCCCUUGUAUUCCCAGAGGCUGAAAAUAGAAAGUGGACAAUUAUGGCUGUUAUGGUGUCCCUGCUGACGGAUUACUCACCUCAACUCCAAAAGCCAAAGUUUUGAUCCUGCAAUAAUGGCCAAGAAAGAAAGGCUGCUUUUCAAUAACCCAAGGAAUCAGCACAUGGGGGAUAGAGACAAGAAUCUAAAAAAUAAAUCCUAAUUCAUGGUGUUGGUGAACUACAUGAUUUUGCUUUGCCAUAGUGAAACCUGUCUGAAGCUCUUAAUAUAUCUAUUUCCCACACUACACAACCUGAUUUGAUUUUAACUUUCUCUGGUGUUUACAAUCUUUGAUUUGAAGUACCAUGUUAAUAAUUACAUACAUUUGAUUGAACUAAAUAAAAAUACUGUGUUCAUAACA